UAUAUUGUAUUAUUUUGAAAGGUCCGGGUUGUAGUGUGGUAGGAGCGCGUUGUUUUUGUGUGUGUGUGUGUUGUAUUUGUGAAGCGGCGUGUUUGUUUUUAUUCAUAUCUCUCAGUUGCAGUCUCCGUGCCGCGGGCUCAGUGCUGCUCGAGUGGCGGGUUUCCAGUCAAAAUGAACUCGUGUUGAAAACAUCUAGCGAGUAAAUAUUGUCUUUGGCGGUCUGGCUAUUUUUGUCGUGCAUGUUUUGUUUUGUUUUUUUUUUCUAUUCGUGAGACCGCGUGGAACUUAGAAGCUAGCAAUCGGGGAAGUUUUUUUUAUAAACGAGAUCAAAUAUAUUUUCAGUAUCAAAUGAUUGUAAAAGCAGCGCUUUCCAAAACGUUCAUACAGUGACUGCCAUUUUCACACUUGCAUAAACACACAUGGAAACCGGCUUUCUGUCCUUCUUAAUGAGUUUGAAAUCAUUUUUAAACAUUCUUUCAAUGAGGUGUAUCUGUGUUGCCUUUACUAGUGUUAUUCUGCAGGUAUCAUUUAAAAUAUUGAGGGAGACCUCAAUUAGGAGGCUGUGUGGUCCAGUGGUUAAAGAAAAGGGCUUGCAAACAGGAGGUCCCCGGUUCAAAUUCUACCUCAGCCACUGACUUAUUGUGUGACCCUGAGCAAGUCACUUAACCUCCUUGUGCUCCGUCUUUCAGGUGAGACGUAAUUGUAAGUGACUCUGCAGCUGAUGCAUAGUUCACACACCCGAGUCUCUAAGUCACCUUGGAUAAAGGCGUCUGCUAAAUAAACAAAUAAUAAUAAUUUAAAACUUGUGCUGUGGAACGUCACACAGGGUUUUUAAUAUUGCUAGGGGAAACAAACAUGUUUUUAUUUUGAUGCAGGAUAUCUGGUACUACACAAGGUUACAAUACGGGUUUAUAAGCCUUGCUUUCAGACAGUGUUGCACUUCCUUGAUCACCUGGGGGGUGAAAUUGCCCCCUCCCCUUGAACAGCUUCUUUCACAGUAUCUUAAACUGUAUUCCUGUAAUCUCAUAGUACAGUAUAAAUCUGUGAAAGUGAACUAAAGCACAUGUAAAAACAUUCUCUGUUCUCCUUGAACUAAACAAACACAUUUUCAGAUCUGAAGAGAAGAAAGGACACAUUCACUGAGGAGACGGUCAGAGCGAGUGACUGGAGCACUAGAGCCGUGCUGCACAUCCCACUGACAAUACCUGAAGACUGUCUUAUCCAGGUGAAAGCCAAGGAAAAAGAUUACAUUAAACAGGAGAUGCCUGUCCACUUUAAAGAAGAGACUGAACUGGAGCCUGUCCACAUUAAAGAAGAGACCGAACUGGAGCCUGUCCACAUUAAAGAAGAGACCGAACUGGAGCCUGUCCACAUUAAAGACGAGACCGAACUGGAGCCUGUUCACAUUAAAGAAGAGACUGAACUGGAGCCUGUCCACAUUAAAGAAGAGACUGAACUGGAGCCUGUCCACAUGAAAGAAGAGACUGAACUGGAGCCUGUCCACAUUAAAUUAGAAAAGAUUGAACUGCAGCCUGUCCACAUUGAUGAAGAGACUGAACUGGAGCAUGUCCACAUGAAAGAAGAGACUGAACUGGAGCCUGUCCACAUUAAAUUAGAAAAGAUUGAACUGCAGCCUGUCCACAUUGAAGAAGAAUCUAUUGACUUGUUUAAGGAUUCAGAAAACAUAUCCCAGCCACAGAUAUCACAGCAAUGUACUGAAUGUGAGAAGAGCUUCAGUUCAUUAGGAUACCUAAAAAUACACCAGAGAAUUCACACUGGAGGGAAGCCAUAUCACUGUGCUGACUGUGGGAAGAGCUUCCGUCAGUUAGGAAACCUAAAAAGACACCAGAGAAUUCACACUGGAGAGAAGCCGUAUUACUGUUUUGAAUGUGGGGAGAGAUUCAAUGAGUCAGGAAACCUAAAAACACACUUGCGAAUUCACACUGGAGAGAAGCCGUAUCACUGUUCUGACUGUGAGAAGAGCUUUCGUCAGUUAGGAGACCUAAAAAGACACCAGAGAAUUCACACUGGAGAGAAGCCGUAUUACUGUUUUGAAUGUGGGGAGAGAUUCAAUGAGUCAGGAAACCUAAAAACACACUUGCGAAUUCACACUGGAGAGAAGCCGUAUCAGUGCUCUGACUGUGAGAAGAGCUUCCGUCGGUUAGGAGCCCUAGAAAGACACCAGAGAAUUCACACUGGAGGGAAGCCGUAUCACUGUGCUGACUGUGGGAAGAGCUUCAGUCAGUUAGGAAACCUAAAAACACGCUUGCGAAUUCACACUGGAGAGAAGCCGUAUCACUGUUCUGACUGUGAGAAGAGCUUCUGUCAGUUAGGAGACCUAAAAAGACACCAGCGAAUUCACACUGGAGCCAGCCUCCCUCCCUCCCAGUCCCUCACCUCUCCACCCUGCUUGUUUGAGUGCGUGGAGAGCUGUCUGAUUCCUUGUCUCUCUCUCACCCUGCAAUAAAUGAAGGGGGUCCCCAGGAGUGAGAGCCAGCAUGAUCCAGAGACACUGAGAAGGGGAGCGUGUCAAACUCAAGGAGACAGACCCAUUCUGCAGUGUGGAGUAGUGGUUAGGGCGCUGGACUCUUGACCAGAGGGUCGUGGGUUCAAUCCCAGGUGGUGGACACUGCUGCUGUACCCUUGAGCAAGGUACUUUACCUAGAUUGCUCCAGUAAAAACCCAACUGUAUAAAUGGGUAAUUGUAUGUAAAAAUGUGAUAUCUUGUAACAAUUGUAAGUCGCCCUGGAUAAGGGCGUCUGCUAAGAAAUAAAUAAUAAUAAUUCUUUCAGAAUGAACUGAAGAACCCUGGGAUUCAGCUCCACUCCUGCCCCUGAAUUAAAAAUGAAUCUCGCUCAUCAUGCUGUGGAUUUAAGACAGUUACAGGGUCAUUCUACUUAUAUGUGUGAUAUGAACCCAACACAUUAAGCUGCCAAUAACAUACAUCAUUUUUAAUGUAAUUUGAUGUAUUUGAGCUGCAAAUGGCAUUACUGUACCAGUGUGGGUGAGUACAGCAUAAGAUAAAGGAUUGAAUUGUUUAAAAUAAAUGAAAACUAAGAAUAUCUUCAUGGGUGUGGCAGCAAUGUGUGCUUCAUCUAACUAGAAUGGCCUCUAAGCUAUUGCACCAGUGCAAACACAAGCUGUGAAGCAAUGUUGUGCUUUUUAAUUAUGUGUUUUAUUUCAAGUGGUGCAAACCUUGCACUGCAGCAAAUGCUGUGUUGGUUUUGAAUGAAUUUGAAUAAAAAUGUGUAUAUCCAAUUAUUAUGACGUCCCCACAGUAGUAGAGCUGUAUAAAUAUACUGUAAAACAUGAAAGGUUUGCAAGCAAACUAUUUGAACAUUUUGCAUGUGUUAAAAAUCUGCAGAACCUACAUGCUGCAACAUUACCAUUAUUACUACAUUCAUAGUUUGUAAAGUUUAUGAAUAAUUGAUCGAAACAAUCUGCAGGAUGAAGUUGCCUCAGACUGUUUGACAGUAACAGAGCUGGUGCUUUUGUGGAAUCACCAUUAGCUGUUUAUUCCCUUUGGGUAAAAUAUGGCUUGUUUGCUUGUAUUUUUUAUUAGUAUGCUAUCAUUAGAAUGACCUUACAGUACAUAUUAAGGCAAGCUUAGCUAUUUAGAGAGAGUUUCAUUGAGUUUGAGAUCCUGUGCGUUUUCCAUUGUCUCUGUAUAUAAAGGGUGUGUGAGAAAUUCCUAGUUGUAAUUGAAUGUUCUUUGUAAAAUUACAUUUCAAAUCUUAAACUGAGACUUCAGAUGCUGGGAUGUUAAUUAAGUUUGUCUUCCUUCCCCAUAACGUUCUCUAGAUCUACUUCAAAGGACUAGAUAUUAGUAACAGGGUGGUAAAGAUUUCCAUUGGAGAAUAGUUUAGAUUCCCUGCUGUGCUGCCCUGCCUGUCUGGUAUAAACAAACAGAGCUGAUUCUUAUCUUUAAAUUAAGACUGUCUGAAAGCAAAUACACAACUUUCUUAAGAAGUGUGACACCUGGUGGACACGAGCUGUCA